GACCAUGAGCCUAAUAGAGAUGUUAAUUAUUCCCAUGCUCCCUGAAUGCAACAUCAACCACAGGACAAACAUGGCGACGGGCUUCAGCAUGGCAGCGAGAGUAGGACGCGCUGCACUGACUGUGUUGAAGCCGGUGGCUCGACACUACUCAAGGCAAAGGAGCAGCGUUGUCAUUCCGCACCGCUUCUGUCACAGAGCCCGCAGCAGUUUGUACGAGCAUGUCCGUGAAGGCUACAGUGACAAACCAGAGCUGGACAUGACAUUAGUGUGUGAGCACACUGACUCGGUCAUAGCUAAUGUGGAGAGCAGGAAAGGAGACCUGCGGGGGGAGGAUGUUCGGAACAUUGUGUGUGUGUGGCAGCAGCUCCAGGCGGUGAGGAAAGAAAUCUCUGAGCUGGAGGAGCAGAAGAAACACAUCAGUGAAACAGUCAAAGCACUAGUGGUCAAGAAUGACAAGAAGACUCUCACCAGUCUUCCUGAGUACAACCAGGCUCUGCAGAGGGGUCGAGACAUCCGCAACAGACUCAACCAUCUCACCGCCAAAGAGACUGAGCUGGACCAGGAACACUACCUACGAGCGCUCCGGCUACCCAACACCACACACCCUGAUGUGCCAAUUGGAGAUGAGAGCCAGGCGACGGUGGUGGAGCUGGUUGGACAGAAACCAGAGUUUGACUUCAAGCCCAGAGGCCAUGUGGAACUGGGGGAGGAGUUGGGUCUCAUCAGGCAGAGGCAUCUAGCUCAUGUCUCAGGCCACAGGUCCUACUAUCUGAGAGGAGCAGGGGCCAGACUACAGAUUGCACUCCAAAACUUCGCCCUUGACACACUGCAGCGUCGAGGCUUCAUUCCCAUGGUUGUACCUGACAUGCUCAGGGGGGCAGUAUUUGAGGGUUGUGGCAUGCAACCCAACGCUCAUCGCUCCCAGGUCUAUUCAAUGGAUCCGGCUCGUUUCCCAGACCUCAACCUGGCAGGGACCGGAGAGGUCGGAGCGGCAGGCUAUUUCAUGGAUCAUGCAGUAAACUGGAAGGACCUGCCUGUCAGGACGGUGUGCAGCAGCACGUGCUACAGGGCGGAGACGGACACGGGCAGAGAGACCUGGGGCCUCUACAGAGUUCAUCACUUCAACAAGGUGGAGAUGUUUGGAGUGACAGCAGAUGAGACAGGAGAGGAGAGCUCUCAGCUCCUGGAGGAGUUUGUCUCUUUGCAAAAAGAGAUGUUUUCUGCACUGGAGCUACACUACAGAGUGCUAGACAUGCCGACUCAGGAAUUGGGUCCUCCAGCGUACAGGAAGUAUGACAUUGAAGCCUGGAUGCCUGGGAGGAACAGUUAUGGAGAGAUUUCCAGUGGGUCCAACUGUACAGACUACCAGAGCAGACGCCUCAACAUCCUGUAUGAGAGAGAGGAUGGCAGCCUGCAGUACGCCCACACAGUGAAUGCUACAGCGUGUGCCAUCCCUCGUACUAUUAUCGCUAUCCUGGAGACUCACCAAACCAAAGAAGGAUCAGUGCGUGUACCCCGAGCCCUGCAGCCUUAUUUUGGUCUCGAAGUGAUUGAGAAACCAAAGUGCACCCCACUGAAAUACAUCGGACCCAACCAGCAGACCCGGCCACCCAGACCCGCACCCAAAACCAGAUGACACAAAUACAGAAGUAGUGCUCUGAUGCCAGCCAUCUUCCACAAAUAUACUUGAAGCAGCAGUCAACUCACAUUCAACACAUUCAAUUCAGAAAGAGAGCAGAUAUUUAAUGCAAAAGAUGAUUCAUCCACAAUAAUUUCUACAUGUUGUAUGCCUGUUUAAAAGCUGUACAUCUCCAUUAUGUUUUAACUAAAUGAAUUAGAGUAUGAUUUUUUGAGUUGAGUGGGAAUUGAGUGCAUCCCUGUUCUGAGCUCCAUCCAGAAGUUUACUCUCAAUGUAAAUAUAUUUAUGUCUCAUCUUUGGUGGAAUGAUAUGAGAAGUGUGAAUGUAAGCUUGAUUAUGUGUUUUCCAGAUGUUGAGGAGAGCCAUCA